AUGGACAGUCUUGAGGCACCCUCUAAAAUUAUGGACGGUCUUGAGGCACCCUCUAAAAUUAUGGACGGUCUUGAGGCACCCUCUAAAAUUAUGGACGGUCUUGAGGCACCCUCUAAAAUUAUGGACAGUCUUGAGGCACCCUCUAAAAUUAUGGACAGUCUUGAGGCACCCUCUAAAAUUAUGGACGGUCUUGAGGCACCCUCUAAAAAUUAUGGACGGUCUUGAGGCACCCUCUAAAAUUAUGGACGGUCUUGAGGCACCCUCUAAAAUUAUGGACGGUCUUGAGGCACCCUCUAAAAUUAUGGACGGUCUUGAGGCACCUCUAAACCUCUAAAAUUAUGGACAGUCUUGAGGCACCCUCUAAAAUUAUGGACGGUCUUGAGGCACCCUCUAAAAUUAUGGACGGUCUUGAGGCACCCUCUAAAAUUAUGGACAGUCUUGAGGCACCCUCUAAAAUUAUGGACAGUCUUGAG